UUCCCCGGAAAGUAGCUGCUUAAUCAGAGUGGCGUGGGUCCGUAGCUUAAGAGAAGAUGAAUGGGAAACGGCCAGCUGAGCCGGGCCCCGGCCGUGCGGGGAAAAAGGGGAAGAAGGAGGUGAUAGCGGAGUUUUCGGAUGCUGUCACGGAAGAAACCUUGAAAAAGCAGGUGUCUGAGGCCUGGAGCCGCAGGACGCCGUUCCGUCACGAAGCCAUUGUCAUGGACAUGGAGCCCUUUCUUCACUGUGUGAUCCCAAACUUCAUCCAAAGCCAAAACUUUCUGGAAGGGCUUCAGAAAGAACUUUUGAACUUGGACUUCCAUGAAAAAUAUAAUGAUUUAUAUAAGUUCCAGCAGUCUGAUGAUUUGAAGAAGAGAAGAGAGCCUCACAUCUGUGCUUUAAGGAAAGUUCUGUUUGAAGAUUUCCGGACUUGGCUUUCUGACAUUUCCAAGAUUGACCUGGAAUCAACUAUUGACAUGUCCUGUGCUAAAUAUGAAUUCUCUGAUGCCCUCCUCUGCCAUGACGAUGAGCUGGAAGGGCGCCGGAUCGCCUUCAUCCUUUACCUGGUUCCUCCCUGGGACAGGAGCUUGGGGGGCACCCUGGACCUGUACAGCGUUGAUGAGCACUUCCAGCCAAAGCAGAUUGUCAAGUCUCUUAUCCCUUCGUGGAACACGCUGGUUUUCUUUGAAGUGUCUCCAGUAUCCUUUCACCAGGUGUCCGAAGUCCUUUCUGAAGAAAAGUCCCGUUUGUCUAUAAGUGGCUGGUUUCAUGGUCCUUCACUGACCAGACCCCCCAACUACUUUGAACCACUCAUACCUCGGAGCCCGCACAUCCCACAAGAUCAUGAAAUUUUAUAUGAUUGGAUCAACCCUACUUAUCUAGACAUGGAUUACCAAGUUCAAAUUCAAGAAGAGUUUGAAGAAAGGUCUGAAAUCCUCCUAAAGGAGUUCCUUAAGCCUGAGAAGUUUGCAGAGGUCUGUGAGGCUUUGGAGAAUGGAGAUGUGAAAUGGAGCAGCCGAGGUCCCCCUAACAAAAGGUUUUAUGAGAAAGCUGAGGAGAGCAAUCUUCCCAACAUCCUAAAGGACUGCAUGGACUUGUUUCGCUCCGAGGCUCUGUUCUUGCUGCUCUCCAACUUCACGGGCCUGAAACUCCACUUCUUGGCCCCUUCGGAGGAAGAUGAGGUGGAGGACAGAAACGAGGGUGAAGGCACCUCUGCGGCUGAUCACACCGAAGAAGGGACUAGCCAUAGCUCCCCUGGGCCAGAGAGUCCUCACAUGGCUGUCAGCAACAGCAGCCAACAGAGCAGUGGACAGACAGACCCAGAGUCAGAGGAAAACGAAGCCAAGAAAGACUCAAGUGUUCCCACCUGUCAGGGGGAACUGAGGCAUUGGAAGACUGGUCACUACACUUUGAUCCAUGACAACAGCAAGACUGAAUUUGCCCUGGAUUUACUUCUCUACUGUGGCUGUGAAGGCUGGGAGCCAGAAUAUGGAGGCUUUACUUCCUACAUUGCCAAAGGUGAAGAUGAAGAGCUGCUAACAGUGAAUCCAGAAAACAACUCUUUGGCACUGGUCUACAGAGAUAGAGAGACUCUGAAAUUUGUCAAGCAUAUUAACCACCGAAGCCUAGAACAAAAGAAGGCCUUCCCAAAUAGAACAGGUUUCUGGGACUUCUCGUUUGUCUAUUAUGAAUGACAGGGCUGGGCAAGGCUGAGGAAAAGAGACCCUUCCUUCCUCAGUACUGGGCAGGGUGGAAGAGCUAGGCACCACGCGGAGAGCUCCAAGGUGGCCUGUGUGACCAUGUCCUCAAAACUGUGUGGUAGGACUCAUCGUUAUUGUCCGCAAUCUAGACCUUGAGCUUAGAGCCAGGUAUUUCUCUCUUGAUUAAAAAAAUAAAAGAUUAUUUGUCUUUU